AUGUCCAGGCCACCGCAGGGACAGUCGAACUUUUUCCCCAACGUUGGUCCCGACUGGUUCGACCCGUUCGUAAGCCUUGGGGAAGGCCCAGAUAUCAUCAAUGGAAAUCUCCAUCGCUCGACUCAGGGCAUCUCUUCAGGCACUCCCAAUGUCGACGGUCCACACUCUUCUUCAAACCCCGAGCCCUCUUCAGAUUACCGUGAAGGGCUACUAGCAGAGGAAGAAAGAGCGGACGAAGCCUCGAACCCCGCUGAAGCGACAACAUCUACCACUCUUGCUACAGCGCUCGAAACAGUCACAACGACUCCGGCCCUGGACUCUGGCGCGACUUUCUCUCAGCCUCAAUCCCGAAGGCGUACUAAGGCAAAACGCAAAGCGAACGGUCAAUCUCCAGCCGCUGCUCCUGCACCCUCUCGAGCAAUGACAGUGCACCCUUCCACCGGCUUUAACGCCCAAGUGCCACGACGUCUCGGUCAAUCUUCGCGCCCCCAGUCCAAUUCAAUGCCUAUCCAAAUUCCAGUGCCAGUACACCCGAUGUACCCUACUAUGGCAGGACCAUCCACAGUACCCUACCUGCCCGUUCCAUACGAAGCACCUUCGGCAGCGUCAACUGGUUUUAUCCAGCUCCCUCGACUGUUGAUUCCCCCAACGAUGCCAAUUGGACCUACCGUUCCGAAUUUGGGGCACCAAGUGCCGAAUGCAUACCAAGGCUUACUGGGAGACGCGACCUCGCGUUUAGUACCUUCCGUACGAGCGGUAUCAGACCCGUUGGCGCCGUUUGGAUCAUCUUCGAGGACUGGAGAGGCCUCUGGAGAUGUGCAACGUGCGAAGAAGCCUAGACUUUAA